AUGGGUUCGGAGCUCGGUUCUGGAACCAGGAGAUCGCUGUUGGUACGAAAUCUUAGCGAACGCGGUGGACCGGGUAAACUAAGACCAUUUUGGGAGAACAACAUCCACAUUGUGGUCAAGCGGCGUGGUUCCAAUAGUCCCGUCUACGAAGUUGAGUCAGAGAAAAGAGAUGGAAAGAAGGGAGUUUUACAUCGCAAUCUGAUUCUCCCUUGUGACUAUUUGCCUGCAGACAACCACAAGGACGCUCCACGACGACCCACAGCCCCUCGACAACCACGACAACCACCACCCAGGAUCACACCCGAUGAUGAUGAUGAAACGUCCAGCGACGAAGAGUACCCCGAUGUGGCGACUAGUUCCGCUCCAACCGAAACUUGUUCAACCCCUCUUCCCAAAAAGAUAACUCCACCGGAUCAAGGUCAAUUACCUCCGAAUGAAAUUGUCCUAAACGAACUAACCCAAGAAGACCCACCACCUGAGGCUCCUGUUGGUGAACCCCCAAACCCCGAAGAGAACCCUGCUCCUGACGAGAACCCUAUCCCUGCUGAAGCAGUUCCCUUACCUGAAAACUUAAGACCUCAACGCACACGACAGCCACCGGAACGACUAACGUAUUACAAUCCUGGCGAACCUCUUGGGGUGUUUUCGAUUGCAGCACCAUCUCCCCAGCAUCCCUUCCCCCUUAACCAACUCAACCCCAACAUCAGACCUCCUGUUUAUCAUCACCCGCAGCAUGUUCCUUUCCACUACCCUCAACUUUUUCCAGGAUCCCCUUUCCUACCGCUACAAACAUCCGCUUUCCUUAACCCAAUUCCACCAUUCCCUGAGCAUACACCACCAAUGAUGAUGAUGCCACAACCAAUCUACUAA